CAGUUAAAAAAAAUAUAUAUAUAUAAAUUUCCAAAUCUAAAAUAUAUUAAUAACAUAACAUGAAGAGUUUCGUAAUUUGUUUACUUUUAAGCAUUUGUGUAAUUUGUGUUUAUGGUUCUAUAGUAAAAAAUAAUUUUACACAAAGUUCUACAGACUUUGAGAGCAGUAGUGUUCAAGAGGUAGAAAGUCGACGACGUAAAACAGGAUACUAUUUCAUACAUCCCUAUCACGGCUGGCAUGCUUUGUCUUGGAUUUAUUGGAUAAAAGUCAAGCUAAUUGUUGUGGCAUUCUUUGUGGGUACCGCUUUUAUAUGGGCUAUACAAUAUUUGGGUAAAUAUUAUCGAGAUUGUCCGAGUGGAGGUCACAUACAUUAUGGACAUUACAGAUCCUUGGAAAAUGAUGAUCCUGCCAUACUUAAGUUUUUACAAAAUCUUAACUAAUACCUAGGGGUCUUAUUAAUGAACUUUUAUCAAAGGUUUAUUAAUCAAAUUUUCAUAUAAAAUUUGUUCCAUUAAUAAAAGUUUAUGAAUAAGGCAAUAGGUAUUAUAAUCCUUAAAAAAUGAAGUUGAAUACUGUGUAUUUUUUAUUAAAUUAAACAUACAUAAAGUAUGCUUAAAUAUUUUACUAUUUAUUUAUUUAUUUUAAAUUAAUUUUUAAUUUUCUAUAUAUUGUUAAAAAAAAUACCCACAAGACAGAAAUGUUUUUUAUUGAAUAAAGUUAAAAAAAGAAAUUCUUAAAAAACAAUUAUUUACUCUUCUUUUUAAAUCUCUCGAAUAUCAAGAGAUUUUAAGUUAAAUUUAGAUUUUUUUAGUCUUCUUCUUUUUGAUGUUAUUAAUUUGCUCGGCCAUUUGUUCGAUUUCUUUUUGAUUGAUCGGUUCUACUUUACGGACAUUGUUUUUAGCUUGAUUUUUCUGUUUUUGUGCGAAAUCAUCGGCAAUUGCACUGAUUUUCGACCAAACAAAAUCUAGAAAACCCACAGCUA